UGAAGGAAAAAAGAUUUCGCCCUAUACUGAGGACAUGAUAACGUGUUCAGACGAGCUGGACUCUCUGCCUCUCGUUUAAAUUUUAUAUCCCGCUUUUUCCUCGACUUUUUAUUUUAUACGGGGUUUUAACUUAAACGGGUAACCAAUAGAACUUGUACUGUAUACUUUGGAGCUAAUUUCUUUCAUGGAAAAAAAGUAGUUUACGGACCUCUCCGUUAGUCAUACUUCCCCCCCCCUGAAAAAGCGCAAGGGAUACUUUGUUACGGCAAAUGCAGCUUUCAAAUUAAAUACCAACAUAUUACAAAACACGAGUCAAGAUGGAGCAAAGGCUACUUUCUAUAACCAUAUUGUUAGGGGUCCUAUAUUUCUGUCAUGCCCAGCAAGAGGGCAGCGAUUGCAUAAAGGCCAAUGCACAGUCAUGUGGUGAAUGCAUCCAGGUGGCGGAGAAAUGUGGAUGGUGUACUGAUCCAAACUUCCUGAAGCAGGGAGACUCCAAGUCAGCUCGCUGUGAUGAGUUGGAGGCCCUGAUCAAGAAGGGCUGCUCCAAGACUAUGAUCGAGAACCCUCGGGGCAGCACCAAGGUCCUCCAGGACAAGCCUGUCACCAACCGCAAGAAGGACCCUGCUGGCCAGCCGAUCACCGACCGCAAGAAUGACACUGUCAUCAUUCAGAUCCAGCCCCAGAAACUCGAACUCAACCUCCGAUCGGGUGAGCCCCAGACCUUUAAGUUGAAGUUCAAGCGGGCAGAAGACUACCCAAUUGACCUCUACUACUUGAUGGACCUAUCGUUCUCCAUGAAAGAUGAUUUGGAGAAUGUCAAGAACCUGGGGACUGCCCUGAUGCACGAGAUGCAGGGGAUCACCUCGGACUUCAGAAUUGGUUUCGGCUCGUUUGUGGAGAAGACGGUAAUGCCCUACAUCAGCACCACCCCGGCCAGGCUGAUCAACCCCUGCACAAGCAACGAGAACUGCACCAGCCCCUUCAGCUAUAAGAACGUCCUGAAGCUGACGGAUGAUGGGAGUAAAUUCAAUAGCCUGGUCAGCCAGCAGCAGAUCUCUGGAAACCUGGACUCUCCCGAGGGAGGCUUCGACGCCAUCAUGCAGGUGGCCGUCUGUGGGAAAGACAUCGGCUGGAGGAAUGUCACUCGUCUGCUGGUGUUCUCCACUGACGCAGGCUUCCACUUUGCUGGAGACGGCAAGCUAGGUGGCAUCGUUCUGCCCAAUGACGGAAAGUGUCACCUGGAGAACAACAUGUACACAAUGAGCCAUUACUAUGACUAUCCUUCCAUUGCCCAUUUGGUCCAGAAACUGAGUGACAACAACAUCCAGACAAUUUUUGCAGUUACUCAAGAAUUCCAGCCCGUUUACCAGGAACUGAAGAACCUCAUCCCCAAAUCUGCAGUCGGAACCCUGUCUUCAAACUCCAGCAACGUCAUCAAGCUCAUUAUCGAUUCUUACAAUUCCCUGUCAUCUGAAGUCAUUCUGGAGAACACUAAGCUGCCCGAAGGCGUGUCCAUAUCGUACAAGGCUAACUGCAAGAACGGUGUGGUCGGAACAGGAGAGAAUGACAGGAAAUGCUUCAACAUCUCCAUUGGAGAUGAGGUUUCCUUUGACAUUGCCAUUGAGUCAAAGAAGUGUCCAUCUGAUCGCAAGUCACAGACCAUUAAGAUCAAGCCGCUGGGUUUUGCAGAGGAAGUGGAGAUCACCCUCAAUUUCAUCUGCGAAUGUGAAUGCUCCCUAACCGGAGAACCUGUUAGCAAGGAAUGCCACAAUGGCAACGGUACCUUUGAGUGCGGAGCCUGCAGGUGCAACGAGGGCCGCAUCGGCAGGAAGUGCGAGUGCAGCACCGACGAGGUGCGGACAGACGACCUGGACGCCAAUUGUCGGAAGGACAACGGCACAGACAUAUGCAGCAACUACGGUGACUGUGUGUGUGGAACGUGUGAGUGUAAGAAGAAGGACAACCCCGAGGAACGCUACAGCGGGAAAUUCUGCGAGUGUGACAACUUCAAUUGCGACCGCUCCAACAACAAACUCUGCGGAGGGCACGGGCGCUGCGAGUGCCGGGUAUGCAUCUGCGACCCCCUCUACACAGGCAGCGCUUGCGACUGUUCCCUGGACAACUCCACCUGCAUGGCGGCCAACCAGCAGAUAUGUAAUGGCCGAGGGACCUGCGAGUGUGGCGUCUGCAAGUGCACCAACCCCAAGUUCCAGGGCUCCACCUGUGAGAUCUGCCCCACGUGCCCUGGGGUUUGCCCCGAGCACAAGGAUUGCGUUCAGUGCCGGGCCUUCCAAACAGGAGAGAAGAAAGACUCAUGCGAAGCCGAAUGUGGAUACCUUCAUGUAAUCACUGUGCCGGAGCGGGAAAAUCUGCCCCAGCCGGGCGGACAGACCUACUCUUUCACUCACUGCAAGGAGAGGGACGCCAACGACUGCUGGUUCUACUACACCUACGGCGUCCGGAAUGACAGCCAGAAGGAGGUGUACGUGGUCAAGAAGCUGGAGUGCCCAGCCGGCCCGGACAUCAUCCCCAUCGUGGCUGGCGUGGUGGCCGGCAUCGUGCUGAUCGGCCUGGCCCUGCUGCUCAUCUGGAAGCUGCUCAUGAUCAUCCACGACCGCAGGGAGUUUGCCAAGUUUGAGAAGGAGAAGAUGAACGCAAAGUGGGACACGGGUGAGAAUCCUAUCUACAAGAGUGCUGUAACAACGGUGGUCAAUCCAAAAUACGAAGGCAAAUGAUGGCACCUCCUCUUUGUCAUUAGAACACUGUAUGCAAAACGAUAUGGGAGGUAGGGGUGUUUUUUUUUUUAUGUUCACUCUGUUUUUGUAGUCACCAAAUGAUAGCAAUUUUGCCACUAUUUCAAUGUUUUACCAACUUUUUUUCUAUGCAUCAUUUGAGUUGAAAAAUUGUACAGAAUGUAUAAACUUGGGUUUUUACUCUUUUUGUGAUCUCUGAAAGAAUGUUUUAAAACAGAUUUUGUAUUUCUGGCACAGGACUGGCAUGAUCUUUAAAGGUGUGGGUGUGCCUUUAACUGUGGAGCCAUUAUUUCUGUUUUGAGGGUGACAUUGGAUGUCAGUGCGGGACGAUAUGUAGCGAUAACAGUUUAUUAGGACAGCAAUAACUUGUAUGUACGGCAAUGGGUUUUGCAUUAAGUCAUAUUUUAGUCACAGAAAUUGGUCUGAAAGCAAUGGUAUGUUUUUCAUCAAUGUAUUAACCCGAACAAUCAAUUGAAUUUUCUUUUUUGGAUAUUUGUCAUAUUUCUGAACCUUUCUAAAUGCAGUGACCUUAAUGUACAGGAGUAUUAUGGGCUCCAGGUUUUUUUUUUUUUUUUUUUUUUUUUUAAGAACUCAGGUCCCUAUUCAACUCCUUAUUAAUAGCAAUGCCAAAUAUUACAUCACUCACUGCCUUAUUUGUAAUAAAAAUGUCUUUUGGGUUUAAGUGUAUGUCUUUACAAAAAUUCUGAAUGGGGUUCAGAAUAUUUUUCUCCUGUUUACUUCUUGUAAUUAUUUUCUAAGAUGGUUUGAUCAGAUGAUUCUUCCAUUGAAUAAUGAUUGCAUUUCAAUUAUAAGGAUCAGUGUUAAGGGAACGAUGUUAGUCAGGUCUUAUAAUUUCAACCAUCCCACAAAUAUCACACUCUUUGUUUUUAAAGUGCCUUUUUAUUUCAUUGUCACGUUCACAUUUUGCAAUACUUUAUUUGAAAAAUUAUUUAUUAAAGUUUCAAAACAAA